AUCGACGGUCACGUUCAACCAGGUUGAACGAGUUUGAACCGAAUUCCGUUAUUUCUCAACUCAGGUCAUAUUUAUAGUUCAUGAACAAAGGGCUGGCUACUCAGGAUGAUGUUUAUAUGGUUGCAUAAAACAUAACGUAACUCAAAUCCAAAUGAGACUUUUCUUAUUUAAAGUUGUUUCGGUUUACACAGACGUGGAGAAAUGAAUUCCUUGUAUGGAACUCGGAUGAUUUUGGAGGAGUAUCUCGAGUACAGUUUGUCCCGGACGAAAUCUGGGUGCCGGACAUUUCUCUUUUCAACAAUGGUGAUGACAGCGUUACUCUAGCCGGAGGACGAACAAAGUUUGUCACUGAGGUGUCCGUGGAUAAUACCGGAAUGAGUGUGUGGAGUGGACCAGCUACAUUUAAAGCCAACUGCAAAUUAGAAAUCGGUAACUGGCCAUUUGACAACCAGACCUGUGAAAUGGGCUUUGGUUCAUACACAUACGGAAUUGGCAGGAUGGACAUCAAACUAUUUAAAGAUACAAGUGGUGAAUUUACCAAUCGGUUUGUUACGAACGGUGACUGGACGAUAGACGAAAUCUCCGCAAAAUUAGAAUUAACAGAUCACGGUGACUGUUGCCCAUUUGAUUUCAGCGAGGUGGUUUACACGCUAAAAAUGUCACGGAAGCCUUUAUACCACUUGUUUUAUCUGACCAUUCCCAGUAUAAUGCUUAUGUUUCUCGCCCUUCCAAGCUUUUUAAUUCCAGUGGAGAGUGGAGAGAGAAUUGGCUUUGUCACCACCAUGCUUCUUGCUAUGACUGUCUUCUUGCUUCUUAUUCCGUCUUUCCUCCCUGAAACGUCCGAUGGUGUUCCAAUCCUUGGAAUAGGUUUGCAGGUCACUUUGGUCAUCAUGGCAUUGGUCUUGUUUGCCAAUAUUUUCGUCCUGAAGGUCUUUUUCAUGGAGGGCACUCCCCCAGAGUGGGUGCAAAGCGUUUUCAACAUGUGCAGGAAAAAGAAAAGCGUUCAACGAAUACAUGUAGCUGGCUCAGACGUUCAGCCGCCAUCCAUGAAAUCUCGCACGUCCGUGAAUGCAAUUGAACUGUCCCCAUCUACUAGCGUAAGCACGCCCAGGGGUUGGCAAGAAGAAGAACAGCAAGUAACAUGGCAAAAAGUGUCCGUCAAACUUGAUCAUGUGUUUUUUGUGUUGUUCCUUGUCUGUGCUGUGAUUUCUUAUUGCAUAAUUUACAUUUCAAAGGUAUAAUGAGCUUUUUCCAAAAUGAUGGACACAGAAAUCUCCUGGGCUGGGUACUCGGGUGCCUCUUUAAAAUAAGCCCCUACUCGUUGUCUUAGGGUUUACCUAAUUAUGGUCAAAUAUAGAUCGCAUCUCAGUUUAGCUUAUAAUAAAGGAGAACGGUUAUGAAACUCGAUAAAGUUCUUUAAUUUCAGUAAUUUGUUGUAUGUUUUUGCUCGCUUUUUUGGCCUUUACCGUGCUCAAACUAACCAAUAGAAAC